GCCGCGAUUUCAGCCAACGAGGAAUCUCACAAGGCAGCUAACGAGGCAGCAGACGAUGUAGCCACCACGGUAGCCGACCAGGCAGCCAGCGAGGCAGGCAACCAGGGACCCAAUGAGGCAGCUCACAAGGCGGCCAACCAGGCAACUGACGAGUUGGCCAACAAGGCAGCCGAGCAGGCAGCGGACGAGUCUCCCGACAGCGCAGCCAACAAGGCAGCCAACGAGGCACUUGACCAGGCAGCAAACGAUGCAGCCAACCAG